UCGCAAUCGAGUAGUUUGUCUCAGUUUGUUUGUCGGUUCUGAUGGAGGUGUCGGUCCCGAUUGACCCGCUGUUUCUGGCCUGGAGCUGCUUGAGAAGACGAGAGCUCCAGAGAUGCGCCGAAAUCUGCUCGAAGAUUUUAACGGACAGUCCGUUUGACCAGGAACCCGGUCAUGUUUCUGAGGCGGUGUGGAGCUUGAAGACUCGAGCUCUGACAGAGAUGGUGUAUGUAGAUGAAGUGGAAGUGGACCAGGAGGGAAUCGCUGACAUGAUGUUGGAUGAGAGUUCCAUCGCACAGGUUGCUCGUCCUGGAACAUCACUGAGACUUCUAGGAACAAGUCAGGGUGGAGCGCCCACUCCGGCUGUCAGACCAAUGACUCAGUCCGGACGUCCCAUCACAGGGUUUGUGAGACCUAGCACACUGUCUGGUAGACCCGAAACUAUGGAGCAGGCGAUUCGAACCCCACGAACAGCGAGCACAGCCCGCCCAGUCACCAGUGCUUCUGGGAGAUUCGUCAGAUUGGGAACGGCCUCCAUGCUAACAAAUCCAGACGGACCCUUCAUAAACCUUUCUAGGUUAAAUUUGGCAAAGUAUGCCAAGAUGCCAAAUUUAUCAAAGACCUUGUUUGAAUACAUCUUUCUUCAUGAAAAUGAUGUAAAAAAUGCAUUAGAUCUCGCUGCUUUGGCUACAGAGCAUGCUCAGUUCAAAGACUGGUGGUGGAAAGUUCAGCUGGGGAAAUGUUAUUACAGGCUCGGUUUGCAUCGUGAAGCUGAGAAACAAUUCAGAUCCGCUCUCAGUCAUCAGGAGUUUGUUGAUACUUACCUGUACCUCGCAAAGGUUUAUCAGCGUCUCGACCAGCCCAUCACCUCUCUGAACCUUUUUAAACAAGGUCUGGAUCACUUCCCAGGGGAGGUCACCCUGCUCACAGGAAUCGCACGCAUCCAUGAGGAAAUGAAUAACAUGACCUCAGCCACAGAAUACUACAAAGAAGUCUUAAAACAGGACAACACACAUGUGGAGGCCAUCGCCUGUAUUGGCAGCAAUCAUUUUUACACGGACCAGCCAGAGAUCGCCCUGCGCUUCUACAGGCGUUUGCUGCAGAUGGGGGUGUUCAACUGUCAGCUGUAUAAUAAUCUGGGAUUGUGCUGUUUUUAUGCGCAGCAGUACGAUAUGACCCUGUCCUCUUUUGAGAGAGCGUUAGCGCUCGUGUCUAGUGAUGAUGAACAGGCUGAUAUCUGGUAUAAUCUGGGACAUGUUGCAGUGGGCAUUGGUGACUCAACUCUGGCUUACCAGUGCUUUAAACUGACUUUGGCUUUUAACAACAAUCACGGUGAGGCUUACAAUAAUUUAGCUGUACUGGAGAUACGGAAAGGCCGUAUUGAGCAGGCGAAAGCUUUUCUGCAGACUUCUUCUUCAUUGUCUCCUCACAUGUACGAGCCACACUUUAAUUUCGCCACACUUUCUGAUAAGGUUGGUGAUCUUCAGAGUAGCUACAUGGCCGCUCAGAAGUCUGAAGAUGCUUUUCCUGAACAUGUGGACACUCAGCAGAUCCUGAAAAACCUCCGGCAGCAUUUCGCAACAUUAUAAGCUGUCACCUAACUCUUUAAUUACCUAAUUACCCAACUGUCCCAUCGCUGUGAGAAUGGUAGAGACAAUUAAAAUGGCCUGUAGGAGGUUUGUAGCUAAGUUCAUGCUAUCUCUUUAGCAGUUAAAAGUUUGAUCUAUAGCUCAUACAUGUACAAACACACACAUAUAUAUAUAUAUAUAUAUAUGGAAUAAUAGAUUUAGAGCUAAUCGUUUUAGUUCUCUAAUAAAAUCUACAGUUUCAAACAAAAUCAGAGACAUUUUUUAAUGAACACAGAAAACAUCUUUGUAUUUUGGUACAUAAGGGGUGGGGAACCUUUUUCCCAUCAAGGGCCAUUGGGGUAUUUACAAAAUGAUCCGUGGGCCAUAAAAUUUCUGAUUGUGGGUUGAAAUAAACACAUUCCAUGACAUGCUCAUGCACCAAGAAACACUGAAAUGUCUGUCUAUUUUACAAUAUUUUGUGUUAUCAUUUAACAAUUAAUUAAUAUAUUAUAUUGAUAUUGAAUGAACUGUUAAUUGAAUUAAGGGCAUUUUAUUUAUCUAUUCAUUUUGCGGGCCUUAUACUGUCCUGAGGCCUGAUGUUCCCCACCUCUGCCGUACAUGGUAAACAAUGUUUUAGUUGAAGCUGAAGUGUGAAAAUUAUUGUUCUCAAACAGGUUUCCUGAUAACAGUGGUGGAAAGAGUGCUGUAAAAAUUUCCUUAAAAAAUAAUUCACUUGAGUACAUAAGUAAAUUGAUGAAAAACUACAAGUAAUAACUUUACAAAUGUAUUUUAUGAAAAUUAUAUAUAGUAUAAACAGUACUUUUCCAUUUUGUUUUUGAAAGAAACUAAUGAUUUCACCAAGCAUGCUUUACAUUGAUAAAAUAUAC